AUGACGUUGCGACCGUCACUUCAUUCCCAUUCUGUAUGGCCAAUUAGUAUUGAUUUUGAUGCUUUUCGAGCGUAUACUGCUGGACUCUCUGUAGAGGAAGCUGUAGAUUACUUGGUAGAACUAGGUAAGCUCUGGCCCCAUGGCGUUAAUAAUGAAAAAGAAUCACCAUCUCAAGUACAUUCAAAUUUAUCUUUUAAUGGGGUUGGACCUGCUUUAAAUACGGAAUCUCCACGACUCUUAACGGAUGAACCGACAAUAAAUUCCCGUCUUCCUGCUACAGAGAGCUUUACAUUAUCAGAAGUAAAUCCAACAACAGAUACAGGAGAUGUUACUGUUGAUGUGAGUGAAUCAAAUGAAAAGCGAGAUAAAGUUUCAAAAGAGAAACAAUUAAUAUUUGGUAGCGAUGUAGAUGAUUUUCUUGGACGUUGGGUGGGAUUACGUAAUCGUAGUUUUUCUUAUGGUACUCCUAAUAUGACACUUCAUCAAGAAGUAUGGCAGGCAGUACUUAAUAAAUCUAUCUUUUUAAAGGAAGAAAUGAUUGAACAGUUUAAUCUUUUUGAUAUGCUUCGUGAGAAUCACUUAGCUACACCGUAUGCUUUUUUAUCAAAUUAUGCUAUUCCUAUAGCUCUAAAAGAUCGUCGUCGUGUAGUAGAAGUUUUUUACGACGUGGAUGAUGAAGUAUUAAAAAUGUAUUUUGGUUCACGUAUGCAAAAAUUAGAUCUUGAAGGAGAAUCAGAAAGACGUUUCUUUCAUAGAUCACGUUCUAAACGAGAUCAAAAAAUGCAACAACUUAUCCGUGCUGGAAUUAGUGAAGGAUCAUUAAAACGACAGUGGGAAAACCUUAAAUGGGUGUGUACAUUUCUCACCUCUGCCUAUCGUGGUCGUGAUGGAAUGCUUAUUCCAUGUACUAUGCCACUCCCUACAGCACUACAACAAUGUUUUGGUCUUCCUGUUUCUCUUGGUGUUCGUUAUGGUACGUUUGUCUUUGGUUUUGAACACCGACUUGCAUGUCGUUUUUGGCACAAAUUAUCCUUCACCGACUGUACAUCUCUCUGUCAUGUUCUUGCCUCUUUGUGGUGUGAUGCCUCUCAGUUGAUGUUGCGAGAGGACUUUUGUGCGGUGUGUGUGCGUGUGGCCCGAGUAUUAGAUGAGAGCCGCGUUGUUGCGGAAAUACAUCAAAUGCUUUUUGGUGAAGUGAUGCGACCAAGAUGGCAAGUGCAAUUGGAUGAAGUUCAACGGGUGAUUGCAACCAAUACAGGCGUUGGGGCAGCAGGAGCUAAUAAUAAUAAUAAUAAUAAUAAUAAUAAUAAUAAUAAUGGUAAUAGUAAUAAUAAUAAUACGAAUACGAAUAGUAAUAAUAGUAAUAAUAAUAAUAAUAAUCCACUCCCCCGUCCUUCUUCUGGUAACCCUAUUCCCCCUGACUCACCUCUCGACUUCUCCAAUACAUUAUCGCCGCAAGGAGGAGGAAGUCCUGGACUUUCUGGUGGUAACAGCAGUCAUUAUGAAAGUCACGAUACACCGACGAACACAACAAAUGUGCAAUCUACAAUGUCACAUAAUGCACGUCUUUCAGCUAAUAGUGCUUUUUCACGACGGUUUCUUUUUGAGUUUCCAUCUAUUAUUAAAGCUCUUAUUCGAGUAGCAACUGCUAUUGGAAAUUUAGGAAAGUUGCAGGAAGCAUUGGAGACGUUUUAUACCCGUGUAUUUCAUUCUCUUGAAUAUUUAGGUCAUAAAUCGCUUUCUACACAAAAUACUGAAAUUUUAACGCAUAGACCAGAAUCAGCUUCUCCAGUCUCAGAAUACUCAUUAGGGUUAGAGGGCGUCAAGAAUAAUAAUAAUAAUAAUAAUAAUAAUAAUAAUACUGGAGGUUUAAUGCCUGUUGGGAAAUCCACCACAGGCUCUGGAACAGGAGCUGCUACAACCACAGAUGAUAGUGAAUCAGAUGCUUCUCAUAACCUUGCAAAAACUAGUCGAUCGGAUAGUGAAGAAAAAUCGGGAAUAUACUCUGGAGUAGUUGCCAAUGCUGUGGUGAAUGCCUCCAUUGCUGGUUCUACUAUAAGAACAAAUGCUGCACCACAGAAAUUAUCUUUUGCCUCUCGUUCUGUACCAAUGUCAAAUGGUUGUUUUGGUAAUAAUUCAGGAAGUGGUGGGGAUAGUAGAGUUUACCUCCGUGAACUAUGCAUGUUCUUGACGUUAUUACCUAGUAUCUUUUCAAAUCUUACAACCCUUACAGAGGAAGACCAUACAAUCUGUGAUGGUGAUUUUUCUAAUUUUAUUCUUGCAUUAAAAGUCUUGGUACAAGUACUUAUGGCAUCUGAUGAUCAUUAG